AUGCACGUUAUUGCAACUGACGGUUACCUUGUUAACAAAUUUGAAACUGAUUUUCUUAUCGUGCAUGUUGGAGAGAGAUAUGAUUUUAUUUUGGAGGCGAAGGAGGGCGUGAAACCGGGAACUAAAUAUCCAAUCAAUAUUCAGACACUCGCAGUGAAAUGCAACAAUAACAGCGAGAUAGCAGGAGAAAGUUUUGCGUUUGUGGUCUACACCAACGAGAGUGAAACGAAAAAUGUUCCUGAAACAAUUAGACAGCAAAGUGGCCGUUGUACAAAUUCGUCUUCCCCAUGCAAGGUACUGAACUGCCCUUUCCAAAUAAUUCCAGACGAUUUCAGUGACGAAGGUGCAUAUAUGGAUUGUUAUAACGUACAAUCUCUUCAAUUGCUGUAUCCAACCCCAACUCGGGAAAUUCCGAGUUCAAAUAAUGUCUCAUCCCAAUCGUUCUUUAACUUUGAAGUAAACUGGCCAAAAGCAUUAAUCAAUGGCGUACAGUUUGAUUUGCCUGAUACUCCUCUUGUUGAAAACAAAGGCACUAAAUAUGAAUGCAAGUAUCCAGUGAAAUGUGACAAGUCAGGAGAGAAGUAUUGUACACAUACAGUGUACUUAAAUACUUACGGCACCACUGCGAGAUUUGUUCUUUCGUCAAUAAUAGAGGGAAAACAAGAUCUUCCUAUUGUUACACAUCCAAUCCAUAUGCAUGGUCAUACAUACUUCAUUGCUAAGAUUGGAUACCCUGAAUACUACGAGAACGGAACAAUCAAGGCUCCAAACAAGGACCUAACUGUGCCUUCAUGUGGUCCAGCAGAAUGGAAUGGUGUCACACCCGAAGGUAUUUCUGUGAACAGCACUACAGUCCGUAAAGAUGUUAUUAUAGUUCCAGCUGGAGGUUACGUCGUUCUUCAUUUCAUCACAGAUAACCCAGGUUACUGGUUUAUGCAUUGUCAUAUUGACGAACAUCUCAAUCGUGGAAUGGCAAUAGCAAUUGGUGAAAAUCCUACAUGCGCGAGCACACCUCCUGCUCCACUCUUCAAUGAAACAGAUGAGUUUUGUUUCAGUGUUGGAACAUUCAUCAGAAAGGAAUUAGAGGAGAAUGGAGUAUGUCGCGUUAAUAAUCCAGCAACACCAUCACCAACAAUACCAUCACCAUCCGGACACACUUCUUUCACCAGUACAACAUCCUUAGUUGUGCAAAUGCUUUUUCUUACAUUGGCUUUCGUUUUCUGUCGUUUGAUAUAA